GCGAGUGAGCGAGCGAGCGACGCGCCUUGAGCCUCGCGGGCCGCCAUCCCGGAAGUGGGAGGUAGAGCCUUGCGGUCCUCCCGGAUUCCGGGUGCGGGUUCCCAGGACCUGUCGGCAGUGUGUCUUGACCUCCUGGAGGGACCGGGAGACUGGCGUCGCCUCACCGGGAAGAGCGAGCAUCUCCCGUGAGCUCUUGCGGCGCAGGGCCGUCUGCUCUGGCUGGCUGGCGACCUUAGUUUCGGGGAUGAGCUGAUCCUUCGGUGGCUUUACCAUGGCCCAGCGGGCACUGUGGCUCAUACGUCACGAACCGGGAACUCCACUCGGUGGCACCGUCAGAUUCUCCAGACGAUAUCCUACUGUUGAAAAGAGAGCCAAAAUCUUGAAUGGACUGAGUUAUGUUCCUGUACCUGAAGAUGGUCCCUUUCUUAAGGCAUUACUCUUUCAACUUAGAUUAUUGGAUGAUGAUAAAGACUUCGUGGAGAGGCGUGAUAGCUGUUCAUACAUCAAUAAAUCACCUGUCUAUGGACUUUUAGUAGGAGGUGAAGAACUCUGGCCAGUCAUUGCUUUUCUGAGGAAUGAUAUGAUAUAUGCAAGUGUUCCACUAGUUGAACAAGCUCUGUCCCCUCGACCAUCUUUAAUUAGCAUUAGUGGAAUUUCACAAGGCUUGGAACUGCUUUUUGGGAUACAGGAUUUUCUUUACUCAAGUCAGAAAAAUGACACUGACCUAAACACAAAAUUGAGUCAGUUGCCUGACUUGCUUCUGCAGGCUUGUCCAUUGGGUACUUUAUUGGAUGCUAACUUGCAGAAUUCAUUGACUAGUAUUAAUUGCUCAUCUGUGACCCAGCCACAAAAACAGCCAGCAUGGAGAGUUGGAACAUACAAAGGAAAACCACAGAUUUCUAUUUCUAUCAGUGAAAAAGUAAAGUGCAUGCAGUAUGGUAAACAGGAUAUAGCAGACACAUGGCAAGUUGUUGGAACAGUCGCUUGCAAGUGUGAUUUGGAAGGAAUCAUGCCAAAUGUCACCAUCAGCUUGAACCUCCCCACCAAUGGCUCUCCACUUCAAGAUAUCAUCGUUCACCCUUGUGUGACUUCUCUCGAUUCUGCCAUUCUGACUUCCAGUAGCAUUGAUACAGUGGACGACUCUGCAUUUAGUGGGCCUUACAAAUUCCCAUUCACUCCGCCUCUCGAGUCAUUCAACUUAUGCCACUACACCUCUCAGGUCCCUGUCCCACCAAUACUGGGUUCUUAUCACGUGAAAGAAGAAGAAGCACAACUAAAAAUAACAGUUAAUUUAAAACUUCAUGAAAGUGUAAAAAAUAAUUUUGAAAUCUGUGAAGCUCAUAUACCUUUUUACAACAGAGGUCCAAUUACCCAUUUGGAAUACAAAGUUAGUUUUGGCCAACUUGAGGUAUUUCGAGAAAAAAGCUUAUUGGUCUGGAUUAUUGGGCAGAAGUUCCCCAAAUCAAUGGAAAUUAGUCUUUCUGGAACUCUAACUUUUGGAGUCAAGGGCCAUAACAAGCAGCCAUUUGAUCAUAUUUGCAUUGGAAAUACAGCAUAUGUAAAGCUUCAUUUCAGGAUCUCAGAUUAUACACUCACUGGAUGUUAUGCAGAUCAGCAUUCAGUUCAAGUUUUUGCAUCAGGAAAACCAAAAAUAAGUGCAUACCGGAAACUAAUUUCUUCUGACUAUUACAUCUGGAAUUCUAAAGCACCUGCUCCAGUAACAUAUGCGUCAUUGUUACCAUGAUUUUCUCAUAGUCAAAUAGGAUUUAGAUGACGGGAUCCAACUGAGCUUCAUGCGUGCCAGGCAAACACCCUACCAACUGAGCUAUGAUGCUAACCCCUCUCAGGCUCCUUUAACUGACUUGAUAAUCUGCCACAAUGACGUGUGUCUAAGAUGCCAGUCGACCUAAGAAGACUGCAGUAACUUCAGAAGAGGAGCAUAGUCAUCUAUGAUGUUUAGUGUCCUGGGACAAGGUUUUAAAAAUAAUUUUGGGUAUUAUACUCUCUGUUUUGUUUUUUAAUUAAAAUCUGUUAAUGAAUGAACUCAGGUAAAUAUUCAAAAACCUUUUCAUGAGUAUCAUUUACACUUAUUUAAUGUAGCAUUUUUUUUCUUUAUCUGUCCCUGUCAUUUCUUUUUACCAUCUUCUUGAUUCCUUCCAAACUACCUAGCCAUGCUCUUUAUCCUCUGCCUAUUUCUCCUAUUACACAUAUCCUGCUUCAGAGCAGUAUGCUCUCGUCAAGUUGGACUUCAAGCGACCAUUUAAAAAAAAAUCUAAAGAUCCUGAGAAUUUCGCUGACUCCAGCUGAAGCCUAACAGAAAAUAGGACUUGCAGAUUGAUCUCUAAUUAGAUUUAUCCUGGCUUCUGUUUCUUUUUUGUCUUUUUUAAAAUGAGUCUUCUAAAAAAAAAAGACUUAGAAAAGCUGCUGAUUCUUUGAAGGAGAGUUUCAAUCAUUGAAUGGGGAAGUGUGUGUAAACUUAGGACUCAAAAUCAAUUUUUUAAUUAGGGUCAGUCCUCAUUAUAAACCCUCAUUGCCUGCAAAGCAUUAUCAUAGCCCAAAGUUCUGUUUUCACAGUCAUCCUAAGUCAGGAGAGGGAGUAACUGCCUGACAAGGACAGUGCCUUGCUGUUCCGACUGACCCGAAGGGAGUCAGCAGUAGAAAUUCUUCUGUGAGAAGAAAACAUUGUCCCAUAAUGGUUUUUUCUCACUCCUCAACUCAAAGCUCAACAUUUUACUUCAAUUUAUUAGUAGAGCCUUUUAGAAAUUUUGAUUGUAUAAAUACUUAGCAAAUUAUACUAAGGUAGACAAGACACAUUCAUCUAGUGAGUAGGGAAAGAUUCAGUAUAUAAUCCUUGAGGCAAACUCUCUUCAUAAACAAAUUAGAAAAACCAGUGACCUCUAAUUUGACAUUUCUAGAAACCUGGGGGAAAAUCUAGGGGUUCCUAGAAAAGCGUGGCGUGAUGGGGAACCAAGACCAUCUGUUGCCAUUCCGUUCUGACACAACACUAGGAACUAAAAGCCAGCCCACAUUUCAUCCCAUUGAGAUCAGCUGGGCACACUGAUGCUUUUGAUUUUGUCUAGAAACCUGUCACUUCAGGAUAAUUUCUGAAGACAAAGCUUGUUCCCAGUUUGGUAGGUGACCUGUUUAAUGUUUUCCCUGUGUCUGGGAACUCCUUAGUGUAAUUAGCGACCUUUGAACUCCACAACUAAUCCUGAGCUAUUUUGUAUUCCUUACUCAUCUUUAAGGCUGGACCUUUCUUUUCUUCAGAGUCCACUGCCACAAUUAAAGAAGAAACAGCUGCAUUUCAAAGGGAUUCCGAUUCCAGAAGCUUAAUCGUGAUUGACAUGUUCUUAUUCUAAGCUAUAAGACACUCUAAGAGUCCUUUCUUUGGUUAAAACUUCAAUCAUUUUCUAAAAAAUUAUCUCACUAUGGAUUUUAUUCAUUUUCUUUGAUAGCUAUUCUUUUCAUUUUUUUAACUUGAAAGGUGCUUUGCAUUUGCAGUGAAUGUGAGCAUCGACUUCCAGUGACAGAUUUGGAUGGUGUCAGACCUGCUCUAGAUACAAUAUUGCUAAAUUCCCUUUUAGUGCCAAAAUGUGAUUAUGAAAUCUGAUAUCUAUGCUGUAAUUAUUCUUACUCAACCCAAAGGGUUAAAGAAAGUUUUAAAUAUCUGAGAAUGAACUCUAGAAAAGAUGGGUCAUGAUUUGUGUGAUACCUGUUCUCCAUUUUUUUUACUAAGCAAUAUUAUAAAGCCCACAAUGUAGUAGUUAAACAGUGGGGAUGUUUUGUACUCUUAAAUAAUUGAGCCUGUCAAAUUAAAAGUAAAUAGGCUCCUUGGGAAUCUUA